AUGAACGACUUCAACACGAAACCAUACCGGCUCGGACGGCGUCCGGGUGAACAAGGUCCGCGUCCUCUGCCGAGUGACCAGGGCAGAGUCGAAAAAUUGGCGACUGGAAAGAAUUCAUAUACGACAAAAAACACGCAAAAACUAACUCUUGCCAAAAAUUCUUUGACAGUAGGAACAUGGAAUGUGCAGACCCUAUGGGCUGCUGGAAAAUUGGAAUUGCUGCGAAACGAAAUGAAACGUUUCAGAUACGAUAUAAUUUGCAUUUCUGAAGUGCGAUGGACAGGAAAAGGUGAAACAUCAAAUGGAGAUUUUAUUUGGUCAGGAGAAGAGACUGUACAUAUGAGGGGCGUCGGUUUCUUGCUAAGCGCACAAGCAAAAAAGGCGUUAAUAGGAUACAAUACAAUAAGCUCACGAAUAAUUUCGGCACGAUUCGAUGCAGCACCAUUUAAAAUGACAGCCAUACAUGUAUAUGCAUCAACUUCUGCAUCGUCAGAAGAGGACAUUGAAGCAUUCUACAACGAUAUUGAGAAAGUAAUAACAAAGACAGAUAAAAAGGAUAUAAUCAUUUUGACAGGAGAUUGGAACGCUAAAAUUGGUAGCGAAAAUGCAGAUUGGAAAUCCGUUAUGGAGCCAACAUGUAAUCUGGAAGAGCAUGCCAACAAAAUAGCACAGGCCAUUAAAGAUGCAGUAGAGACAACGAUACCUGCAAAAAGAAAAACUAAAAAACCCUGGAUUUCCGAAGCGACGCUAAAACUCACUGAUGAAAAACGUAAACUAAAACAGAUGAAAAACGUUUCCAUAGAAUAUGCACAGCAAUAUAAAGACUCAUGUCGGAGAGUCAAAAAAUCAGCAAGACAGGAUAAAGAGCACUGGAUAAACGACCAACGCGAGCAAGCUGAAAAAGGUCUAAAUAUUGGAAAUACUAGAGAAGCAUACAGCCUAUUCAAAACAUUAAGAAGCGAAUUUGUACCUCGACUGAAUGUGAUACGAGAUCAGCAGGGCACAAUGUUACAGGCAAAGGACGACAUAAAACAAAGAUGGACACAGUAUUGUAGCAGUCUGUAUAAAGAUCCUGGCGGCGGAGACGGGAUGGUUAAAGAACUUGAAGACAUCGCACCUCCCUGA